AUGGACCUCGUCGUCAACCCCGUCCAAAUCUCUGCUCCCGGCAUUGUCGUGGAAGCAGCACGGGUCCCGUCCUUGAUCCCCCCAGCCUGGCAUGACACCGUUCGUCAGCUCGGCAUGAAGGAGCGCAACGAGGCUGGCCUGUCCCUCGCCCAUGCCUUUGCCGCCGACCCCCUGAGCGUCUACCUCCUUGCUGGGGACAACGACAAGCGGCGGUCCCCCGAGAGUCUUUGGAAUCUCCACGUGCGCAUCAUGAGGUACACCUUUGCAGCGUACAGACUCAGGGGUGUGGCCACGGCAAUCGGCCCAGACUACGAGGCCAUUGCCCUGUGGACACCGCCAGGCAAGUUCAACGACGACUGGUGGGCGACGCUCUGGAGCGGCACCUGGCGCCUCUGGUACCUUCUGCCCUCGGAAGCCAGACGCCGUUUCUUCACAGAGCUCGUUCCGGCGCUGCACGACGCGCGGGAGCAAGUCAUGGGAGAGCGGAACAACGACUGCUGGUACCUCGGUUACAUUGGCACCAAGCCCAAUGCUCGCGGUCGAGGCUACGCAAGCAAGCUCAUCGGCACCAUGGCUGAGCGGGCCGAUACCGAGAAUCGCCCGAUUUACCUGGAAUCGUCAUCUCUGGCCAACAAUAAGCUCUACGCAAAGCUUGGCUUCGAGGUCAAGAGCGAGAUUGCCCUGACGCGCGGACCGGCGCCGGUGUAUCUCUACUGCAUGGUGCGCGAGCCGCAGCCGUCGGUGCUACAGCAGUCGGUCACGGAAUCUUCGACCGAGGGCAUCAAGGUUUGA